AUGUUUUUAUCGGGUUACAUAAAACUGCAUGCGUUUUUGUGGCUGCUUUUCCAUUCUUCGAGGGCAGGCGCCACUCUUGAUGCUGCUCGAGUGGAUGGCAGCCCUGCAGUGUGCAUUGAAAAGCUAAUUGUGUGUCCUUGGUCGCCACUUGGCACGCUCCAGGACGAAAUAUGCGCGCAGCUGAACUUUAUAAGCUGUCUAAGAAGCAUGUCCUUGCAUAUAAAAACAGAGUACCUAUACAGUAUAUCCUCAGACAAGACCCUGGAAAAGGAUUCUGCGUGCACGCGGACUGGAGACGCCGACCAAGUGUAUCCGCGCGAGGUUACUGCAUGCGCGGAGGCGGAAGGCAGCGAGCACGACUCGUACAUCCGCGAGUACUACACGGUGCUUAUACUGCUUUUUCCGUUGGUUGAUUAUUUUGGCAACCCUAUUGAGUCAGCACAUAGAAGUCUUUUUACGCAGUUCCUCCAAGAAGAGUGCCAGGUUGAGCAAAAGUGCUACAUUCUGGCGUCGCUUUUUCUGCUGAGCGAGGGCGUGCACACUCCCGUAGAGGUCAGCGAGAAGCGCCUUGUUCUGUGGCAGGACUGGUCUAGGAAAGCUGCAGCGCUUGAAAUAAGCCUGAUCGGCAUGGAGGUGCGGAAAAAAGCCGAAAUUUUCCGGAUUGUCAACUUCUUUAAGGAGUACACGAAGAUGUGCGAAAUGCCCACGACCAAAGAGGAGUUUGAAACUGGCUGCUUUUUGGAAAGCCCGCAGUUUCUUAUACGGGCAUACAGGCACCACUGCAUUGCGGAUAAAGAGGAAAUGGCUGUUUUCUUUAAAUGCGUGCACCGGCUCCUUGAGGAUCUGUGCUCUGCUAGCUUGUGUAAAAGCAGGCCCUGCAAAGAGAAGCAGCUGCUGGGCGAGUGGUUUCUGCCAGAAGAAAGGCAAGAGGAGGGCGAAAAGUACUUAGAGCCGUUUCUGACCGUGCAAAAGGCCGUCGACAACGCAGGCUGGUUUUCCUACAAAUACGCAAACAACAAGCUGCUAAACAUGUGGGCGGUUCUCCAGAAGCAGGCGCCCAGGAAAAGAAAAGAGAGCAGGCCCGUCUUUAUUUCUGCCGAAAACGCCUUGCUAAUGCUUUUGUGCUGCCUUUCCUACGAUCCGAUGGCCGAAAGGUACUGCAUGGAGAAAAAUCUGGAGAAGUUUGCCAAAGACAGAAACAUGGCUACCCUGUAUGACUUCUUGGCGAAUGCGAAAAAAAUCCUGAACUCGUCAAAGAGAAUUGCAACAACAGAUCAUGCGGUGCUGAACUUUUUCAAUCAAUGGUGCAGCCUGGUGUGGUACUUGCCAACUCAAAAGGUUUCGUAUUGCUGCCCCAGCAGAGUCCAGCUGGGACUUGGCAUUCUGAACUUUUUUUACGCGCUUGAGUGCUUAACAGGAAAUCUGUUUGCAGAAAGCAGGGCUCUGGAUACGCUUGCAGAGAAAGCGCGCAUGGCAGGACCGCUGAGCGAAAGCCUGCGCUCGGAGCUGGAGGCGUAUAUUAGCCAGCUUUUUACAGCUCUGUCUAUAAAUAAGAGCCUGAAGGUGACCCUAAACCCCGUCUGGAAGGAGAUGAGCCGGGACGGGCGGCCGGAGCUGUAUGGAAAGCUAGUCUUAAUGUACACGUGCCAAAACAGCGUCAUAUCGCAGGGCAUGUUUAUUGAGUUUACGCCCGAGCGGUUUAACAUAGGCGCGAUGCCCGUGGCUAUACAUUACUCUGGCGAAAAAAACGAGCCAGCUCAGAGCUUGCAAGACAAAUAUAGAAGCGGCGGCACGUUUUCAGGCUGUCUUUUCGCACACUGCUUAGAUAGAAUUUCCUACUGCUUUGCCAAACAAAGCAAGGACACAGAUUUUACUAAAGACGUAGAAGAAAUAGCUGAGCAAGUGGCAAAUAAAAACCACUCCGCUCUGAACAAGCUGUUUUUGAUGCGGCAUGUAAGAAGCCCCUCCAGCUUUGAGCAUGUUUCCAUGACAUUUUUUGCUUAUGCGAAAAAGAACGAGUUGCAGCUCACCAGACUGCACCCGUUCGUCCGCUUUCUCUCGAACGCUGCAGGGCUUCUACUGGCUGGCCGCAAGAUUCCGCUCAACUGGCUGCAUGCUGCAAUCUUCACAGGGUACUUUAGAAAAGACCUGUUUCCGAAUAUAAAUGUUGCGUCUGAGUUGUACUGCUGCCUGUUCAAGGAUUCCGCAGGCUCUUUUUUGACGUUCGCUGAAAGCUUGCCUGAAAGCCGCGCCUGGAUAAAAGACGCCAUCAUGGCGUACUUCAGAGAAUACAGAAGGAAAACAAAAGACCCGCUUGCCAAGUGCCAUCUUUUAAACAGCAGCGCCAGCAUCGAAAAGAUAUUUGCGUGUCUUUUCUUCGAUAACUCUGCAGAAAGCGCCAAAGAGCUGUCUGCCCUCCUUUUGAAAGAGAGCAACGAUGACCCAUCCUUCACUACAAAGCACCUGGUAGACAUUCUCUGGUUUGACCUUGCACUUAAAAACAAGAGCGAGCAGCUGCCUCUACUGAUGGAGCUAUACACUGCAAUCGACCCGAAGUCUAUCUAUAUAAAGGAGAAGAAGAGCUUGCAUUACAUUGCGUACACCCCGCAGAAUGCUGAGGGUAUGUGCAAAUACUUAGAAGAAAACAUGUCUGUGCUAGUAAAAACGGGGGGAGGCUGCAAAAAAUACGCGCGGCUGCUGAGCCUUGCCCGGAAGAACAUACUGCGCAGGUCCUAG